AUGGACAGGGGUCCUUUGUGGUCAACUUUCUGCGCCGGCUCAGCUCCCCUCCCCUUGGAUUGCCAAGAGACAAUCCACAGAUGUCGCUCUCAGCAAGCAUCACAGCCCGUGCCCAACCAACACGAGGACCUUGUCAGCAACUCCGCGCAUUUCACGUGUGCCGAGUUGAGAGAAUCGUCUCAGGAGUUGUGCGUUGCUGCCGCGUUUCGAACUGCGGCGAAUAUGAAGCAGCUUCUCUUCGGAAGCGUGCCAGUUUUAUCCGGACUCUCAUUCCAAGUUGUCUUCGCAUAUGUUGUUGCAUUAGCCGUCUUUGUUUCCAUAUGUGGUCUGUUCAUAUUGUACGCAACCUCGUCACCGUAUCCAAGGAUGGACCGCUUGGACUCCGAGAAGUGCUACGUUGAUCCGUCGAGCGGUAAAGUUGAGGUGUUUCCUUCCAUCCAUGAAGCACCUUCCGUCGAACUGUCAGUCGUAGUUCCUGCGUACGAAGAAGAAAAACGCUUACCCAAAAUGCUGGAGUCAUGUUUGGAAUACCUUGAAACACGAACCAAAGCAGACCCGGAUCCCGAAACAAAAUUGAAGUUCACUUAUGAAGUCAUUGUCGUUGAUGAUGGCUCCGGUGACAGAACUAGUGAAGUAGCAUUUACAUUUGCCAAGAAGUAUGGGUCUGCGAAAGUACGAGUUUUAACGUUGACCAAGAAUCGUGGUAAAGGAGGCGCGGUUUACAUGGGAAUGAUGAGCUCGCGCGGAAAGUACGUCUUAUUCGCUGACGCCGACGGGGCUACGGAAUUCAGCGAAAUUGUGAAACUCGAGAAAGCGAUUCAUAAAGUAACUGUCGGUGAAUUGCAAGAACAGCAACAAUUAUCUGGUGAUCAAGAGCUGGAAAUAAGUGCGGAUGGUGUUGCCAUGCCUUUAGUUGAUGCGAUUUCUAUUGCAUGGGAGAAGCCAGCGCUCGCCGUGGGAUCCCGUGCUCAUUUAGAAAAGCAGUCUAUUGCCAAAAGAUCUUACGUCAGAACUGUUCUGAUGUAUGGAUUUCAUAUGGUGGUGUGGCUGUUCGGUGGCUGUGGAAACGUGAAAGAUACCCAGUGUGGAUUCAAAUUGUUCACGAGGCAAGCAGCCCGUCUGUGCUUCACGAAUCUGCAUGUUACGCGAUGGGCAUUUGAUGUCGAAGUGCUUCGCAUAGCGCGGCAUUUCAACAUGAAAAUUGAGGAAGUCGCUGUGAUGUGGACAGAGAUAGAAGGCUCCAAACUCGUGCCCAUUUGGAGCUGGCUUCAGAUGGGCAAGGAUUUAAUGGGCAUUUGGCUGCGAUACAAAAUCGGAGCUUGGCGGAUGUUGCCCAAAAUUGAAUAAUCGCAGAUUUUUCGAAGCUUUCCAACUCGUGCACAUUCUGUUGCUGUGUUGUGUGUUUUUGGUUGCCGAAUGGACAAUUAUUUGUGUAA